UGAGACAAACAACGAGGAAGAGGAACAAAAUGGCGAUUGCAGCCUUCAUAUUUCCCAUCGCUUGCAGUUAUUUCCCAGUUGUGCGAGCCGGUUACACUCUAUGUUAUGACAACAAAUAUUGUCCAGAUGGGUACUACUGCUGCGGUGACCAAUGCUGUGCGUACGUCUGGUCAUACUGGUACUUCUGGUGUGGCCUGGCGUUCUUCCUGUUCGCUGUCCUGUCUGGGAUCAUCACGGCCUGCAAACGGUGCCGGGCAAACCGACGUCGACGGAACAUGCCGCCAAGAACGAUAACGUUUAACUUAACAGACACUAAUAACGGCAGUAGUAGUGCACAGCAGAUGACCAGCUACCCACCACCAGAAGUAAGCUCAGCCCUCCCACCGUAUUAUCCAAGGUCUACUACAACAGAUCACAGGACACCAGCAACACAAGCAGCUUCCAGGGAGCAAUGCGACAACCCCGGGUUGUUGUAUGAUGAAUUCUUGGCAGACCUGCGACCAAUUCGCCCUGGAGAGAAACCUCCGCCGUACUCCCUGUACCCACCCGAGUAUCACGGAGACCCGACAACCAUACCGUCCUCCCAGCUAACCUCUGGCCAAAACAACAGAGGCCAGCUGCAGCAUACGUAAACAUGUACUUCCCCUCUGUGAAAUAUCAGCGUCAAUAGCAACAUAUAAUUCCACAUGCUUACUUGCUUAAUUAACAUGUCCAUCAGUUGGCGACGAUAUCAGUCCUGGUUCAUUGUAUAUACAUGUACAUGUGUUCAUUUAUCACUUAUCAAUCAAAUCCUUUACUGACAGGUAGCUGUAAAAGAACAGUUCUAAUCAGAUUUAAUUCAAAAACAAUGUCCAGACUUAUUUAAAUUUCAAAGCAUUUGCAUUUCUAGGAUUUUUUUCGUGUUAGCUCUGACCUUAGACUUACAAUAUGUAAACCGAACAAUUGAGUGUUUUCAGUAGUAUCUGUGUAUGUACAAUUACAUGUUCAAGACUUGCUUCUGUUUUGUCUAGGGCAUAUUGACAAUCAUGUUUUUAGUUAUUCCAAGUGGCGUUAUGUUUUUGAUGACGUGUGUUUUUGGACAGGUUGACUACAUGUAAAUAAAGCUUGUGAUGCAUUGUGUGGUUCUCAAUGAAUGGAUUAUUGCUAGAAUUAUUAUCUUCUUGGCAUGAUUAGUUAAUAAUGAAAUGUCAUACGAUAAUCUAAAUUGGCUGGAAUUCCAUAUCUAAUACAUGUAAUAUCUUACAGAACAGUGUGUUGUUUUGUGUGCCUUGAUUAACAAUUUAACAAUAUGAUAUGCCAAAUACAUGUAGGUUCAUUUCAUGGCUCAAAGUUCAACAAAUUUGUCAUAUUGUUGCAAGUUGUAUCAUGAAAAGUAUAAAACCAAUACCUUCUCUAAGACUCAACAAACACAACACAACAAAACCCAACUCCCCAUUCACAUAUUUAUUUUAAAGCAUAAAAAGCACUACAUUGUGAUACCCUGAUUUGGCUAUAUUCUGCCAGGCAAAAGUGCUUUUCAUUAUUGAAAAAAAACUCCCAAUGUACCCAAAAUCCAAGCAAUAAUAUCCCUCAUAUAUAUUGCAGUUACAUAGAGAUAUAAAACAAUUGUGUGACAAGUAUAGCUGAACCCAAGAGGACAGUGACUAUGGACAAUAUUCCCCCCUAAUCAUACAUUUAGCAUAUUCCCUAAAAUACAAAUUAAUACUAAUCAUACUAAUAUUCAUUACUCUUGCAGCAAUCAUCAGGCCCUAAAGGCCAGUACUUAUUAAUGACUGAAACUUCCUUGGAUAAUCAUCAUUUCAGAUUUUUGUUCUGAUUAAUGAAAAAAAAAAAAUAGGCAUGAUUUCUGACAAUGAAUAUGAAAUAGAGUCACAUCCUUCCCUUAGAAUGUUCUGUGAAAUCAUUUGGCAAUUCUCUAGUACAUCAUGAUGUUAGUCUUGAAUAUCAUUCUGACUGAAUUCAACUACUGCAGCUAUUAGCCUUUUACAUUGAUCCUUCUCACCUAGUAUGGCAGCUAGGAGCUAAAUUUUCUGAAUUAUAACCGUGUGAUACACAAAUUAAGCAAUAUUGAUUAAACAUAUUAUCCUUGCUCCACUCUGUUCUACAGCAUUUCUAUGCAUUGCCAUUGAUACAAUUUACUACGUCAAACUAUGAUUACUUUGCAUUUAUCCACAAUUUUAAAUUCAUUGGUAUCAAUUUUCAAAUUACAUUCAACAACUACAAUGUGCUUGAAGACAAAAUUAAUUCUCUGUCUUAAGCAAAAAGAAAUUACA